CCUAAAUCUAACACUCUCUCUAGAGUCUUUUACAUUGCUCAAGCUUCACAACCAGCUUAAAAUAUUAAACCAAGUAUAUUUACAGUCUAGUAUUUGUGUUAUACGUUAUGGAUCGUAUUGCAAAUUUGGGUUCACAAAAGGCGGUAGUGAUCUUUAGUAAGAGUUCAUGCUACAUGUCUCAUGCAAUCAAGAGGCUGUUUUAUGAACAAGGAGUGAGCCCCAUGAUUCAUGAGCUCGACCAAGACUCGAGAGGGAAGGAAAUGGAGUGCGCGCUUAUAAGGCUUGGGUGCAGCCCUGCAGUGCCAGCUGUGUUCAUUGGUGGAAAAUUUGUGGGGUCUGCAACCACUGUAAUGACUCUUCAUGUCAAUGGCUCUCUUAAUAAGUUGCUCAAAGAUGCAGGAGCUUUAUGGCUUUAGCCGUACUUGUAGUGAUGGCUAAUGUAACAGAUUAUUGACUCUGUUUUUUCCCAUACUACAUAGAAUAUAUAUGUGCAAAA